GUUCAAGCUUCAUUUGCACAGGGGCUAGUGCGUUCGCUUCGUAAGCGAAAGGUCGUGGGUUCAAAUCCCACAUGAAGCUCAGUCUUCUUCUACACGUUCCUAUCACACAUGUUUUUCCUUCGUUUUCUUUCUUGCACAUUCCAACUGUGCCCAGGGCCUUGGGGCCAAGAAGCCUUUUCCAGCAUUGCAAAAUUGGCACACCAGUGGCAGGAGCAAUUUGGACGUGAGGAUCUUUGAACCAUAGAGAUUGCCCGUCAUUCUAUUUCGAAAACGGAGGGGCUGCGGCGCCACCACGAAUCAUCCCCUUCCAAUGCGCAAGUCGGUGAUUAUGGAUAAAGCCUUCCGUAGGUUCUGCGUGCCCUGCCGCGGAGGAAAGCCGCAAAGUAUCCUUAGGCAGUUCCCUUACUUUUUUUCUGAGCUUGCUAUAUCAGUUAAAAGCACCAGUGAUGAAUUGGUGGUGUGCCCGGUGUUGCGGGAGGAGAUAGGAACGGGAGGGAUAAGUAGGUUUCACGCAGCAUAUGAUGCUGGUGGUCCACAAUCAACGAGAACGCAAUCUUGUGGCCUGAACAGACCUCUUCUCCAGCCUUUGUUGAGAGCUCAAUCUGGUUCUGCCCCUAGACGAAAUUUUGCUUCCAACGCUGGAAACAGUGCGCAACCACCUUCUAAAGUGCAGCAAUACCUGGAGUUUGUAAAGCUGAAAGCAACAGCUCGUCUUGAAAACAUUCCAAAGAAAGCGUACCUGCGAUCGUUGGAAAACGUCCUGAAGACCGCCCCUGAGCUUGAGGGCAGUGUGGAGAGUGUGAUGAGACAGAUUGAAGAGAAUUACGAAGAGGUUCUGAAGAGGCAUGGUGAUCUGGCGAAAGAUAGUCGAGGGGCAUCUCACUUGCAGAUGGCCUCUCUUGCGCUCGCAUCAUACCGCACCCUCCUUCCCCACUUUGCACACAACCGCGCUGUCACCGCUGACCUCAUCAAGGAGCCGAUCGGGGCGGCUGCAGCAGACACGCUCAACUUCAUGAGCCGUUUUGUGCUCUUCCUGUCUUUUGACAAGUUUGCGCACGUCUCCCGGGGGCUUGAGUACCUGGGGCGAGACUUUGGGAAGUCGUUUGAAACAGAAGAGCACAAAGAACUGGGGUUCCACAGUCUCAAGGUGACUCGUUGCCUCUACAAUACGUUCUUUGAACGACAGGGGGUACCGGACCUGACGCGGCUCUUCUGUGCGUUCGACAGAAUGUGGUUUGAUCACGUUUCGCCAGCCAGACACGGCAUCGAGUUCUCGCGUCCAACAACGCUGGCAGACGGAGCUCCCUGCUGCGAUUUUGUGUUGCGGCGCAAAGAUAGGCAGAGCUCGGGUUAAUAUGAACGGCCCGCGCGAGUUGGUAAGAUUGAUAUGGGCAAUGACCAGCAAUGACUUGGAGAGCGCUCUGCAUAUGCUGCGUCCGAGACAGGCCCCUGAAUUGUGCGUAGAAUACAACGCGUGCCCGCACCUCGCAAGUGUGUCGGCGGCUAGCUGCUUACUGCUAUGGCUAUAGUCUGUAUACAUUUUGUGAGUUGAUUGCAUCAACGACAAUGAGGUUCAAGCAGAAACUCGGAAGCGAACAACGACACGUCGGCGUUCCAUUUGUAAAGUAUGCACUUGAACGGGUGCAAAGGUUGCCGAACUUGAGACGCCCAUUGGUCUGCUCGUAUUCUGGAGAAUCAGAGGUCCUCGUACACUGACAUUAUUGUAUCAAAGGACUGCGCGUGCCAGACGAAGAAGUAGCGGGCGAAGUAUGAAGCUGGCUAGGUAGGCCUGUUGCCAGGUAGACUUAAUUUUAUGGACGCCUACUCGCUUCCUUCAAUCAUCAAUCCUCUAUUGCAUUACGG